AUGGACUCAAAAACUGAGAGUGGUGCAAGCUACGAUCACGAAGGAUAUAAAUUACGUGAUGGAGGCGGCGUCGGGCCUACAUUUCUCCGGUCUCCGCCUCGACAGCCUUAUGUCCGCCGCGGCGAGCUCAUCUUCUUUUCGUUCUUCCUCCACUCCUACUACUCCCGCCUUUUCCACUUCCCUUGCCGAUUCCUGUGUCAUCAAGCAGCCCUUCAUUAUAGAUGGUGCAGUAAAAGUGGUAUUUGUGGAUUUGAGAACAGCAGCAGCAGGGUAAUUCAAUGUUUUCAGAUCCUGGAACAUAAAUUGGCAGAGCAGUUCCAGAAGCAGGUGUCUGGUGCUGGUGCUACUUUGGAACGGAAAGAUGAUGAGGAUGAGGUGCUUGACCUUGUUGAUGGUGAGACCUUUGAAGCUGCUACAGAGAAGGGGCACACAUCGUAG